GUCAUUAUUGUUGAAAACCGAUAGUUGUAGAUGCUACGGGACGAAGCUCUAUAAAACACAUCGUCGGUUAACGCGUUUUACCAUUUUGCAUACGAAAUUGACGCGGCGCGCAGCUAAUUCCGUAAAUUAGAUUAAUUAAAAAUAAUGAGAUUAUAAAAUUACAAAUAAGUUUGUUCCGGCAAUUUUAUUAUCGUAGUUUUAACUCAUUUUCGUAUCUCGUUGUUUUACUUAAAAAUAAAAAUGAAACGAACGGUCCUCCUCGUUUUAGUUGCGGUUUUUUUUGGUAGCGCGGCUGCGAACAACGUUAAAUGGAGGCCUUGCAAUUCAACUGCUGGAAUCGCUAAAAAUGUUGUCGUUCACGGCUGCGACACCGAAAUAUGUCCAUUGAAAAGGGGCACAAACGCUUCUUUAUCUAUAACUUUUGAAUCUCAUGUAAAUGCUGAAAAACUUACCGCCAUUGUAAUUGGAGAAAUUCUAACGAUUCCUUAUAAAUUUAAUUUACCAAAUCCGGAUUCAUGUCAAGGUGUGGGAAUCGAGUGUCCAAUUAAAUCAGGAGAAACAUACGUAUACACGAAUACUAUUGAAGUGAAAACAAAGUAUCCCAGGGUAACUGUUGACAUCUUGUGGAAACUCAAAGACGAAAAUGAAGACAUUGUUAUGUGCGUUUUAAUACCAGCAAGAAUAGUUGCCGCCAACUGAUUUUUUAUCUUGAAAUUUUAAUAUAAUACUCUGAAUAAAUAUUUAUACAAAUUUCAGUAAAUAAACUGUUUUUAGUAAUA